CAUAAGUAUCUUGCAACUGAUUUAAUGAUUAACAUCUUUGUAAUAUUUAACUGGUUAAAGUUCAACUGAACACCUGAUAACAUGCAAUUAUAACAUACCAUAGACAAAAAUAUACAUGUGGGAUAUGACUUUUAGUGAUCAAAAUUUAGAGGAAGGAUAAAUAUGGACUUAUGAUGGCUAGAAAGCCCAAAGUUGCGAUCAAGAGGAUGCUCCAGUUCCUAGUAGUGGUUGGCAUCUGUGUUAGCUUUACCAUAUACCUUGCUUUGAUCCCAGAGCCUCACAACUACGUAUGCAAAUCAACAUGUAAUGAGGUACAUUUCCCAGUGUAUAAGUCACCUCCAGCCUGUGCAAAAACAGAGAAUGUUUACUUAGUGACAGUUGUUCAUUCGGAGGCUUGGAAUAUCAAACAGAGGCUCGCGGUGAGACACACUUGGGGCUCAACACAUCAGCUUGGUGACAAGAAUAUUAAACUGAUUUUUGUUUUGGAAAAACCUAGAAACUAUACACUUAAUACUUUAGUUGAAGCUGAAAAUAAUCGUUAUGCAGAUAUGUUACUAGUGGGAGGGGGAUACACAACAUCUAUCGGAGUAAUUAAGAGUUUGAUGAGUCUAAGAUGGAUCCUAAAUAAUUGUAAAGAGGCUAGAUUUGUCCUAAGAACAAAUGAUAACAGUUUUGUGAACUAUUAUAAAAUCCUUGCGCUGAUUAAAACACCUGGAAGAAGAUCCAAUAUGAAAUAUAUCGCAGGCAGAGUCAUAUCUGGUCUGGACACUAAUAGGUUCCCGAAUUCUGUCGAUUUUGUGCCAUUAAAACUGUUUGCAGGGAAGAAAUACCCCGAUUUUGUGGAUGGGAGCUCCGGUUACAUUAUGCCUGUUAAAGUGAUGCAAAGCAUUAUGGGUAUUGUUGAUAAAAUCAAAUCAUUACCUCGGGAAGAUGUGUACCUCACUGGCUUAUGCAGGACUGAGCUAUCCAGGGUAAGGUUGGCUCAUUUAUCAAGCUUCCUGCCAAAUACCCAGAAACUGAGUGAUGCAAUGAUUAUCACCACGGCAAUGACAGCUCAACCAAUAGGAACCAAACAAAUGGAAUUGUUAUGGAGACAGUUAAAAGAAAACAGUGCACAACAGCUUCCUUUGAUUAAGAAAGGACAAGUAAGGAAGAUGUACAAUGGUCUUGGGACUCAUGUUAAAGGGUUCUUUGAUCAUGUUUCAUUGCAUAAGAAUAUUACAGCAAGAGCUGGUAACAAAGUGAAAGGUAAAAGGCUAAUAAGAUUGAGUUUAACAUAAGAGGAUAUAUCCCUGGUGCCUGGUACCAUUCUUCAAAUGAAUCAGAUUCUCUUACUAACUGCAAAUGGUUUACUUUUAAUGUUACUGGAGAACCCUUUUCGUCAAAUUACAGCAUUUUGAUUUGAAAGUGUAAAUUGUUAAAAGUUGGUUUAGAAAUUAUGCCAAUGUUUUUCUUACAUUUUGAUAGAUAAUUUUUAUAAUAUUUACAUAUUUUGGAGAAAGAACUGAGAUGUCUGUCCAAAUAUAA